AUGUGGGAUAAAAUAUUGAAUCAAAUAUAUCGUGUAAAUAAAUUAUUACAAAGCUCAAAUAUUUCAAUAGAUCAGGCUUCAAAAAUGAUAAAUUGUUUAAAUGUUUCUCUCCAAGAAAUGCGUGAUAGUGGAAAUGAACAAAUUAAAACUGAAGCUAUUAGUAUUUGUGAUAAAGUUGGAAUAAAAUCUGAAUUAAAAAUCAAAAGGACAAUAAAAAGGAAAGUUAUGAGUGGAGAAAAUUCAUCGGGUGAAGAUAUUUCUGCAGAUCAAUUUUUAACAUUGGAAUACUACAAAGUUCUUGAUAAUAUGAUGGCUCAAAUGAAAUGGAGGUUUGAACAAUUAUCAAAUAUUGCUGAUGAUUUUCAAUUCCUUUCUGCUCAUUCACUAUCUGUUACACCAGUUGAAAAAUUGAAAAAAUAUGCAGCUGAUUUAUCUAUCAAAUACAACGAAGAUAUUGACCAGGAAAUAAUUAACGAAAUUGAAUUUUUUAAAUAUCAAGUAAAAGCAAUUUUACCAGACUUAAACGCAACUGCUUUAAAUAUUUUAAACGCAAUUAAAAAAUAUGAACUUGAUUCAACUUGUCCAAACUUAAUGACUGCAUAUAGAUUGUUUCUUACCAUGCCUGUUACCGUCGCUUCCGGGGAACGCUCUUUUAGUAAAUUGAAACUAACUAAGAAGUAUUUACGGUCAACCAUGUCGCAAAACAGAUUAACCAAUUCUGCAAUAUUAUCAAUUGAGCAUGAAAUAACAAAAAGCAUUGAUUUUGAAGACGUCAUUGAAGAUUUUGCUUCAAUAAAGUCCAGAAAAAUUAAGUUUUAA